AUGAGAUCUUUAUUAGCUUUCAGAAAAGUCCGACCACCGUUUCUUCUUCUUCGUUGCUUGAUAUACAACAAACCCUUUUGCUCACAGUCUCGCUUUCCUCCCUUAGAAUCUGACAAUCCAAGCCCACUAGCUAACGGAUCCGCUCCCGACGACAAUCUACUCUCCUCCUUAGUAGCGAAUCUCUCGACUACAAAGUCCGAACAUCAAGACGAGGCGCGUGUAAUCGACGCGCUUCUGGACCGGAGGAACGACCCGGAAUCAGCUCUCCGGUUCUACAACUGGGCUAGACCGUCGACGUGGCGCGGCGGGAGCUUCGAAGCUAGCGACUCCUCCGCCUUCUGGUUACUCGUUCACAUUCUCGUUAGUUCUCCCGAGAGCCACGGACGCGCACGUGACUUGCUCCAGCGGCACGUGUCCUCGAGCAGUCCAACGGCAACGCCGAGAGUGUUGGUUAGUAGUUUAGUAGAAUCGGCCAAGUCGUUUGGGUUCGAAGUAAAGUCGCUUCCUUUUAGUUACUUGUUGAAUGCUUAUUCCAAAGAGAGACGGACUGAUUGUGCUGUGGAGUGUAUCGAACUAAUGAUAGAGCUAGGUUUGGCUCCUUAUGUUAGAUAUAUGAACAGUACUUUAAGUGCUUUAGUGAGAAGGAACUCGAUAAGCGAAGCUAAGGAGCUGUAUGGUAAGAUGGUUGCUACUGGUCUUGUAGCCGGUGAUAAAGCCACUGCUCAUUUACUGAUGCGAGCUAGUUUGAGAGAGGAGAAACCCGAGGAGGCUUUGGAGGUUUUUAAGGAAGCUAUCGAGAGAGGAGCGGAGCCUGACGGUUUGCUUUACAGUCUCGCGAUUCAAGCUUGCUGCAAGACGUUGAAUUUGGGUUUGGCGUUUGGUUUGUUGAGAGAGAUGAAAGAGAAGAAGUUUUGUGUCUCGCAGGAGACGUAUACUUCUGUGAUUGUGGCUUUGGUGAAGCAAGAUAAGGUGGAGGAGGCGUUUAGGUUGAAGGAUGAGAUGGUGAGCGAUGGGAUACGUAUGAAUGUGAUCGCAGCGACGAGUCUGAUCAAGGGACAUUGCAAGAACGGGGACUUGGGUGGUGCGUUGGAUAUGUUUCGUGAGAUGGAGAAAGAAGGGCCGUCUCCGAACCGUGUCACGUUUUCGGUUUUGAUAGAGUGGUUUAGUAAGAACGGGGACAUGGAGAAGGUGCUCGAGUUUUACAAGAAGAUGGAAGCUUUGGGUAUAACUCCUUCAGGGUUUCAAGUCCACUCGGUGCUCCAAGUGUGUUUGAAAGGUAAGAGACCGGAACAGGGACUGAGACUCUUUGAAGAGUACUUUGAAACCGGUGUUUCAAACAUCUUCAUAUGUAACAGUAUGUUGUCCUGGCUAUGCAAGCAAGGUAAGAUAGAGGAGGCCAAAGACUUGUUGAGGAAGAUGGAGAGUAGAGGUCUUGGACCUAAUGUAGUUUCUUACAACAACGUGAUGCUUGCCCUCUGCAGAAAGAAAAAGAUAGACUUGGCUCUCACUGUCUUUUCAGAAAUGCUGGAGAAGGAUAUAAAGCCUAACGACUACACUUACUCCACUUUGAUCGAUGGGUGUUUCAAGAAUCGUGAUUUUCACAACGCUUGGGAAGUCAUCGGUCAAAUGAACUCUUCUAAUAUUGAAGUCAACGAGGUUGUAUACCACACGGUUAUCAAUGGCUUGUGCAAAUCUGGACAGACUUGUAAAGCAAGAGAUAUGUUGGAAGAUCUGAUGAGAGAGAAGCGGGUUUGUAUUGGUUGCAUGAGUUACAAUACCAUCAUAGAUGGAUUUAUCAAAGAGAGUAAUAUGGAUUCUGCGGUUGCAGCUUACAGAGAGAUGUGUAGCAAUGGUAUUUCACCAAACGUGGUGACUUAUACCUGCAUGAUGGAUGGGUUAUGUAAAAACAGCAGAAUGGAUCAAGCACUGGAGAUGAGGAAGGAGAUGAAGAGUAAAGGUCUGAAACUUGAUGUUCCAGCUUACGGUACUCUUAUCGAUGGGUUCUGCAAAAAGGGUAACAUGAAAAGUGCGUCUGCUCUGUUCUCUGAACUCUUUAAAGAAGGGUUGAAUCCAAACGAAGCUGUUUACAACAGCUUGAUAUCUGGAUUCCGUAAUCUUGGAAACAUGGAAGCAGCGCUUGAUUUGUACAAGAAAAUGUUGAGAGACGGUCUAAGAUGUGAUCUGCGUACGUACACAACACUGGUCGAUGGAUUGUUAAAAGAAGGAAACUUGAUCAUGGCCUUUAGUUUGUACACAGAGAUGCAGGGGUUGGGUAUUGUGGCUGAUGAGAUCAUGUGUUCGGUGAUUGUAAACGGUCUUAGUAAGAUAGUACAGUUUGUGGAAGUGGUUAAGAUGUUUGAGGAGAUGAAGAAGAAUGAUGUCACUCCAAAUGUUUUUAUCUACAACGCGGUGAUUGCAGGACAUUUUAAAGAAGGGAAUCUUGAUGAGGCUUUUAGAGUUCAUGAUGAGAUGCUUGAUAAGGGUCUUGUACCUGAUGCCGUUACAUUUGAUAUUCUAGUGAGAGGGAAAUAUGGAGAAUCUCAACCUGUUGGUGUAGAAAGUUUGUAGCCACAUUGUUUACUUAUUAGAUAGAUUUUGGCUUCUCAAUAAUUUCUUCAGAUUUUGGCUUCUGAAUAAAUUAGUCUAAUAUUUUCCCUGCUUUGCUUCUGAUAAGCAAUGGGUUUGCUUUGUCAAUUUUGAUGGCAUAGAUGAUGUGCCUAUAAAGGUCAAGCUUUGACCUUGGAGCUUAUUACACUGUUGCAUUCCUAGGCUAGUGUUGUGAGUCUUGUGACUGUUGUCUUUCCUCGGAAACUACUUUUUCUGGACAGAAUAUUUCCUUUCAUGUAAGCCUUGACAAAGCAAAACUCUAUGUACAAACCUAUUUUGGGAUUCUGAUAUUGUGGAACCAAGAAAAUGUUAAAUAAGAAUGAGAACACA